UUUACCUGUGCUGGUGUGUUUAGUGGUUGGGAAACUUCUAACUCAAUUCGCUUUCACUAUGUGUAGUACUCCCAGAUUAUUUCACCAUCAAGGUAUAUCAUGGUGGAUAUAUAGCACACACAGAGAACAAGUAUGUAGGAGGAACCAUAUGCUAUUACGACAAUGUGGACAAGGACAAAAUGUCUUUGACUGAGGUUGAUGGGAUGGUUAGGGGCAUAAAUCCCAAAUAUGCUGGUACACGCAUUGAUUACUGGUUCUCCAUAGGUUCUGAGGAUGAUGCGAUGACAAAGAUUAACAAUGACCAGGAUGUGAUAACCAUGUGCUGCAUGGUGCAUGAGGUUAGAGCGGUCAUUCUUUAUCUAGACCAUUUGGAACUGGAUCCUAAUUAUGAAGGUUUAGAAGAUCAGUUCAUGUAUAAGGAAUAAGCACCUGCUUGGGGUUUUAGUCAAGCAGGGUCAAGUGGUGUUGUCAUAGAGGAGCUCCCUGACUCACCCAAAAAGAAGAGCUCUGUCAAGAUUGAGGAGCUGCCAGAUUCACCAACAAACCCUCCUGUGGAAGAUAGGUUAGGGUGUAAAGCUAGAAGAUUCAAAGUGUGUGCACAAAGACAAAAGUUGAAGCCAAGUGAGUUUAAGAUCCUGGAUUGUGAAGAUGAGGUGCCAACUCAAGCUAGCAGAGCUCCAACAACUAAAGCUACUGAUAAAGGCAAGAAUAAAGUUGAGUUUGAACUUGUCAGUGAGGAAGAGGAUACUGAAGAUGAUGGUUGGAUCUAAGAAGAUGAUGGAGUUUUUGAAGAUGAUGAUGCUGAGGAUGAGGAAGAGGCUUUUUCUGAUGAUGACUCAUGUGAUGAUGAUUACAAUCCUGCUAUGGAAGAUGAUGAAUAUGCUGCUUAUGGGGUGGAUGAUGAUUUCUUGUUUGACUGGUUGACAAAAGAGGAAGGAGGAGCUGCUCAAGUGGCUGGUACUAGCAGAGCAGAUGGUUCUAAUGCUGAGGUGAUGGAGAACCAGAAUGGCAGUAAUACCAAUGAUGCCUGUGGAGACAAUGAGGACAUGUUUCAAGCUGUGGACUCAGAUGAAGAAGGCAUAGGGCAUGAAGCCAACUCUAAUGAUGAAGCUAUUGAACCUAGAUUUGUAGAGUUCAACCCAAAGACUGAUUUGAGCAACCCCCAAUUCUGUAAGGGCAUGAAGUUUGCUUCUGUCAAAAUUCUUAGGGCUGCUGUGAGAGAAAAAGCUAUCCAAAAGGGUUGGGAAGCAGUUUUUUUGAAAAGUCACAGACUUAGGGUCAGGGUGAUCUGCAAGGCUGAUGAUUGCCCAUUUGAAUUAUUUGCAUCUAAGAUGCAACAUGAGGAUACCUUAAUGAUCAAGACUUACCAUGGAGAGCACACCUGUGCAAGGGUAUGUGAGAACAGCAUGGUUAGAACCCCAUAUCUAACUGAAAGGUUUGCUGAACAAAUCAAGUUGAAUCCAGACAUAUCAACAGAGUCUCUUGCCCAAACCAUGUCAGCUGCUGUGAGAGCAAAAGUUUCUUUCCAACAAGCAUAUAGAACAAAGAGGGCUGCUUUGGAGUUGCUGGAGAGAUCAAUCAAGGAGCAAUUUGCAAGGGCCAUGGAUUAUGCUGAGGAGUUAAAAAGGGUGGAUCUAGACACUACUGUGGAUAUAAAAUGUGAUUUCAACAACCCCCAACAGGCCCCUAUUUUUAAAAGGAUGUACAUUUGUCUUGGUGCAUUAAAGAUGGGGUUUAGGGCUAGAUGUAGACCAAUAUUAGGGCUGGAUGGAUGCCAUCUGAAGAGUGCUUAUGGGGGUCAGUUGUUGACAGCAGUAGGGUUGGAUGCCAACAGCACUACAUGGGUCCUUGCAUAUGCUAUGGUUGAAAUGGAGAGUAAGGAUUCUUGGUUGUGGUUUCUGAGAUUAUUGGUGGAUGAUUUAGAUAUCAGUGGGGAUGGGAAUAGGUGGACAUUUAUAUCUAACAAGCAAAAGGGGCUAAUACCUGCCUGUGAAGAGGUGAUGCCACUUGCUGAUCACAGAUUCUGUGUGAGACACUUGUGGACUAACUUCUACAAGCUAUACCCAGGGAAAGUGAUGAAGGAUUAGCUGUGGGCAUGUGCCAAGUCCACAACCAUGGCAUAUUUCUGGAAAGAAAUGGUUCUAAUGAAGCAAUUGGAU